AUGGAAGAGAACCCUGAUCUCUUUAGACGGCCAUCGAGGCAAAAUCGAGAUCCAGGAGCUGUAUUCCCACCUCCCUCCACGGAAGGCGAAAAGCUUGCAGAUGCUGUCGCAGCCGAUGUAUACCAUCCAGGCUUCCUCGGGCCUGGAUCUUAUGCCGUUCUGCUUCCUCAAGAUGAAGAACCGGGCCAAAUUCGCGAAAGAGAAGGGUCUGUUGCAUCAGAGAGAUCAGAUCGCGAACUCACCCAUCAGCAUACCAUAUCCAAGUCAAUGAGAUAUCAAAUGGCGUACGAUGUAUUAAGCACCUUCCGUCAUUACAAUGCAAUACGGGAACUCAUACUCUGGUAUAACGCAUCCAACGAAGCAGGCGUAAUACCUGCACAGAUCCAAGUUGACACCGUCAACGCCCUAGAGGCUAUUGUUGACAAGCAUGAUCUUCGACGCAAAGCACCAAGCCCGGAACUCAUAGAGCAGGUCUUGGAGUCAACAGCGCGACCCUUCGUGAUAUCACAGUCAUUGGAAGCUCGCGACUUUCACAUACUCUGCUCGGGUGAGAACCUACGCUUUGAAGUUAUUGGCUUCCUCCUUGCAACAGCUGGCCGAUCGCUCACAUUUGGUUUUGCUCCAGACCUCUUCAAUGACCCCUCCAAGAAGGACAUGAAGCUACGCUUUACCGACGAGUUACUUCGCGCAAGCACAACAUGUCUUUUCCUUACGACGAUGCUUGCUACAGUCAAUGAUAUCACGGUAUGGAUGUACUACGAGAAUUACGUGUUCACAAUCAUGAUGUGCGGAUAUACUGGCCCGCCAUCAUGGAGGCGUGUCAACGAGUUGUCAACACAGGUUUACGCUCUUGGUCUUCACCAAGAAAAGAAAUGCGCUCAUGCCCCGACUUGGCUGGCAGAUACUCGCAGAAGAGUCUUUUGCGCCGCAUACAAUCAAGACAAAUCCAUAUCUACAUUCCUAGGACGGCCAAUACGGAUCAGCAAACGAUACACAGAUAUCAGUCUUCCAUUUGACCUGGCAGAUAAUGUGGUUACUGGCGACAAAGACGCCCUUGAGACUGCUAUCCAGGCCUUGGACUCUGAUGGAUGGAACACACAAAGGCAGUGGCUGCGCGCCUCAUGGAUUCGUCUCCGUCACAUAUCACUUCGAUUCCGGGAAGAGAUACUUGAAUUUUCGCUCAUCAAGAUAGAUGCAAAUGCCGAAGCUCAACUAAUGGACAUCUCCCAGCGCAUACGCACAUCUUGGGAGGCGCUACCAAAACACAUGCGCUACUGGAAAACCUGCUGGGAAGAUAACAUCCCCACAUCAAUCUGCCUCAUGUUAUGCAUCGUCCAUCUAACACACUGGUACAAUGAGUUCAUGAUCCAGAGGCUGCUAGACUACAGUCCCCUAACGCUCAACACAGCUCUGCUGCGCGUUUCUAUUGAUCUACUCUCCAACACCCUUACCUUGGGCACAAUCCGUGAUCGUUUGUAUGACGUUCAUCGUGACAUGUUGAAUGGAAUGCUGCUCUUUGGGGUACCCGCUGCAUCUGUCCUGGCUACUGCACUCCGCGAACAGCAUCUUACUGGCCAACAGUUCCCUGCUGAGGUUUCGCGCGCAGAAAUCAUUCGCAUGCUCAGCGUACUCAUCUCGCAUCUUGACGCUGCUGCGCAUAUGGAAAAUUCCGGGGCGAGGCACGGCGAGGCAAACUACAAUCUUUGCCGGAAGGCUAGUAAGAUCUUCACGAAGGUUAUCGAUGCUGUAUUGGACUCGAGACCUGCGGAGGAAGUUACGCCGGCGAGGGAUACAAUGGGACUGGAUCUUGGCCUCGAUCUCUUCUCAGGUGCUGGCUUAGAUGGGUUCGAGGGUCUUGACUUUCCAGGUCUUGGGAUGGGACUUGGUCCUAGUGGGAACGGGAAUGACAUCGGUGCGGAUUGGGGGACAAUGGGGCAGUGGAACACUUGGGGUGGGCCGGUUUGA